UGGAGGCAGAACUAUAUCUAACGCUGAGGUGGAGGAAGCUGUACUUCAUUGCUGGUGGGCAGAGUAGAAGUCGUGGAUGUAGUUCUGCGGACGUACUGUGUUAUUAACUGCUACCGUGUCGCAAAGUGUGAACAAUAUAUGAAGUAUAUUCGUCAACAGAUGAGUGGCACAGGCAUCGUGUAUGGAGAUUGUAAUGCUGUAUUGUCAUGUUUAUAUGACAGAACUUUAAAUAUAUAACCUCUCCAAUUGUGAGUCUACCAUGCUGAUAUUAAGGGCAGAUGCUGAGUGAUUAGUCAUUAGAGUGACAGAGCAAGAGUAGAUUAAAUUGUAUGGACAUAAGUAAUAUGACCAUGAAGUUCCCAGGACGGAUACUUUAACAGAGGAAGCAUCGCACAUAUCAACAGAGGAUCUGGAUUUAGCAAAUGGUUUACAAGGCUAGUUAAAGGCAGGAUCAUUAAUCGUUGGCAGAACCUUCGCGGAAGUGAAUAAUUGCCGGGAGGAAUAUACGUUCGGAGAUUAUUCCAGUUUAUGAAGCCUGAGUGAUUUCCUAUGGGAUCGCAUUAUCAGGCAGCCAGUGAACCCUUCUCUGAAAUGAACUGCAUAAUUUCUAUGCGCACAGAAACGACAUGUCCUGAAGUACUACUACUCAUCAAAACAAUCUGAAAGAAUUUAGAAAUGAAUACAAGUGAUGUUCUUACAUGUAUGACAUGCCACGUGGAAACAUCAUUCGGUAAUGACGUUCUUGACAAGUACAUGCUUCAAGUGAACUUGCCAGAAGGUAUGCAUCCCAUGUCAUUAUCUGGUCCUCCGGCUAACCUGUAGCCUUUAUGUCCUUCCUGAGUCUCCGCAUUCAGUACUGAUUAAAGAUCCCCACACACCGACCUAAUUUGAGGACUGCAUUGUAGUAUGGUUCGUGAGAUGAGGAACUGUAAUGCCGAUAGCUAUAGAACCGGGGUCAUGUUACGGCUAUACAAAUAGGCAACACUGGGAUUUGCUCGUGGGAAUGUGUUUGAUGGUCUUGUUGUGACACACGGAAUCGGAACACCAAAUGGAUUUAAAGUGAAUAUCAUACAUUAUGUUGGAGGAGACAUUUUCAAAUGUCACGUUUCCGGGUGGAGCCGAAAAUUUGGAAAAACGUCAGUUCCAUUGGAUCUUUAUUGUUCUGGAAGUGACAUUUGAUGUGGUGAUAAUCACUGGUGAUGUAUGCUUACUUUUCCUGUAUUUCACUAGGAAGUUGUUGGGACAAUCAACAAACAUACUGGUAUUUUCAGUAGCUGUUGGUGACCUUAUCACAGCUAUUGUAACAAUACCUUUGGAUAUAUUACAAAAGUUUGUCAACGAUCUUUCACCAUAUCUGUGUAAAAGUUACUUCUAUUUUUCGAACGUGGCUCGAACUGCAAUCAGCUAUAGCAUUCUAAUGCUGGCAAUGGAAAGAAUCAUGGCUGCGUUGAAUCACAAGGUGCGUUUACUGUCUCCAGGAAGAUGUCUAUUUUUCACAAGUCUGAGCUGGUUCUUCGCUGCGUCCUACAACAUCUGGUCCUUGGUAUUAUACUCUACAGAGUACUACGACUUCAACACUACACCACCUACACGUGUUGCCUUGUGUUUUGUUUCGGAGUCCUUCAUGUAUCUCUACCAGAUAUUUCUUGUCCUGGAUUUCCUUAUUAUUUUCUUAUUUCCAUCAAUCGGAACUUUCGGUCUGUUUGUGAUUUUUGUAACUCGGAAUCGGAAUGCUUAUCAGCCAGGUAGGCCAUACAAACCUUCCUUGUCGGUAAUAGUAUUUACAUUCGCUCUUUUUGUAUGUUUUGUAGCUUGUCACCUACCGCUGGAGAUCAUUUCCUUUUUAAUCGAUCACAGAGCGGCGUCGUUUUUAACCAAUGACGCCAGUGCCUACAAAGUGCUUCAAAUGUUCUCCUUUACACGAGGCUUCUGGGACCUGUUUAUUUUCGGUGCCUUUCGGCAUUACGUGUGCAGAAAAGAAAAGGCAUUAGCCCAAAUGCGGGAUCAGAGGUCCAAGCAGCAGUGUUUGUCACUGGACAUUCCCCAACAAGCUUUUUCCACAAGCUUACUGGACAGUGACCAGGAAGUGUCUGCCAGGAACUCCCACUCCAGUGGUGACUCAAGGCAGUAACGGUAGCAUGGCUGACUUUAAUCUCUGUAACUGUAGUGGUGACAGGCACAACAUCACAAGUGCUCUUCAUGCUGCAUGCUACAUCCCCUGCCACUGACAGGAAGACCAACAUUAUACAUGCUUAUCUGUCAGAUUGAUGUGAUUCAAGGACAACGUAUCCUGGCAGGAAUUUUACUUUUCUUUUCUGAAAACAAUUAUUUUCUCCUCAAUGAACUAGCACAUAUGUCCGUGUUAAUAAGGAAGUCGCUACUAUCGAUUAUAUGUAUAAAUGCCUGUACGCGCGUUUCGUUUUGAAAUAUUGAUAUAAAAAAUUCUGCCAUAAUGCAGACCUUUCACAAACGAAACAAUUGUAAAUCCUGACUUGUGGAGAUGGGUAUCUUAUGAGCAUAAAUGAAAACUGUGCUUGCCUUUGUUGAGUUUCAAGAUUUUGAUCCACGUAUUCAAUAAUUGUAAAUUGUGAAGUCUUAGAUGCAUAUUUUAUUGUAUAGAUGAACAGAAUAUUGUUUGCAUCGGCUUCAAGUACGAACUAUGUGUAAUGAAUACCAGAGAGUAUGUGAAACUUACCUACACGCUUUUCAGUAUUUUGUGACGAGAAGAUGUCUGAACCCUUUAAAAUGCCAAAUGUUACCAUGACAAUGACUUAUAUAAAAUGUCAAUUUGAUCUAACUUCCAACGUAUUGGCAUAUAUUGACGUAUUUUUAACACUGCACAGUAUAUCACCCGGGAGUAAGUAUUUUUAUCCAGUGCUUUAACACAGAUUAUCAAUCUGUUCCGUAACUUGUCCCGGGGCAGUUGUCCUAUUGAUGAGACCAUCCAAACUUGAAAAUACCAACGUGAAGGGUGCAUGGUGCAUGUCACACAAUGUCAUCAUUUCAAAAACGUCUGCAUUGAAGGAAAUGUGUCAUAUUAACCAAUAUUGUCAAUGUUUCCCAUGAGUUUAUACUCGUACAUGUACCAUCCGUAUAUAUGACUUGCUUGAUAUUCAUUAUUUUUACUUGUAUUUUAUAUUCCAAGACACAACGAUGGUGAAUAUCUAUUUUGAUAUGAAAUACACCAUUUAACAUAAAAAUGCUCAUGUUAUGUACAUUUCAAGACUGAAGAAGUAAAUACAGAAUAUGAACAGUGGCAUAGUGAAGAGAACCUUUAUUGCCAAAGUGUCCGGUGUUUGGUGAGAUGUAAAUAUGUGGUACUCUACGAUUCAAUAAUAUACAUACGUCUAUCUCUAUGUACAAAAGGGCAAUAAAUAUUUAUCGCAA